GUCCACUCCACACGGGGAAGGGGAGGGAGCCUGGGCCAGCUCCGGCGCCGUUGCUGAGGCAGCAGGAGCCUCAGCAGCAUCCCUGAGAGCCAGGCAGGCAAACUCCUCCUCCCUCCCGCUCUCAUCUCGCCUCUCUCCCUGCUUCCUUUGCAAAGAUGGCAACCGAGGGGCUGCGGGAGAACGAGACGUUGGCAUCGCUGAAGAACGAGGCUGAGACCCUGAAGGGCAAGCUGGAGGAGGAACGGGCCAAGCUGCACGACGUGGAGCUUCAUCAGGUGGCAGAGCGUGUGGAGGCACUGGGCCAGUUUGUGAUGAAGACCAGGAGGACCUUGAAAGGCCAUGGAAAUAAAGUUCUCUGUAUGGACUGGUGCAAAGACAAGAGAAGAGUUGUGAGCUCUUCCCAGGAUGGGAAGGUGAUUGUGUGGGAUUCCUUCACUACCAACAAGGAACACGCAGUGACGAUGCCCUGUACCUGGGUGAUGGCGUGUGCAUAUGCCCCAUCUGGAUGUGCCAUUGCUUGUGGCGGCCUGGAUAACAAGUGUUCUGUGUACCCUCUGACAUUUGAGAAAAAUGAAAAUAUGGCUGCAAAGAAGAAGUCGGUCGCAAUGCACACAAACUACUUGUCUGCCUGCAGCUUCACUAACUCAGACAUGCAGAUCCUGACAGCAAGUGGAGAUGGAACUUGUGCUCUGUGGGAUGUUGAGAGUGGGCAGCUUCUACAGAGUUUCCAUGGUCAUGGAGCUGAUGUCCUGUGCCUGGACCUUGCCCCUUCUGAAACGGGAAAUACAUUUGUCUCUGGGGGAUGUGACAAGAAAGCCAUGAUCUGGGAUAUGCGCACUGGUCAGUGCAUCCAGUCAUUUGAAACCCACGAUUCAGAUAUCAACAGUGUCAGAUAUUACCCAAGUGGAGAUGCUUUUGCCUCUGGCUCAGACGAUGCCACGUGUCGUUUAUAUGACCUCCGUGCAGACAGAGAAGUAGCAAUUUAUUCCAAAGAGAGCAUCAUUUUUGGAGCAUCCAGUGUGGACUUCUCUCUCAGCGGUCGCCUCCUGUUUGCAGGCUAUAAUGAUUACACCAUCAAUGUCUGGGAUGUGCUGAAAGGGUCCCGUGUAUCCAUCCUAUUCGGACAUGAAAAUCGUGUCAGCACCUUGCGGGUCUCUCCGGACGGGACGGCGUUUUGCUCGGGCUCCUGGGACCACACCCUCCGGAUCUGGGCUUAACCUGAGAUCCCAUGUGCAGACUCAAAUGAAGACUGAUACCCCGGGCUACAAAAACUGCAUAAAAAAGCUACCCCUCAAAAAUCAAAUACUUGCUGCAGUACAAAACAGUGACACAGAACCCACAGACUAACACAACUAGGUAGAAAAUGUAAUCUGCUUGAACACAUAGCAAACAUCAACUUCUAGUAAAAUGAAAUGUUUUUAAUUAUGUUUUGGAUUUUCUUUUGUUAGAACUAGUUUAGAUCAUUAUAAAAGGACUUUCUCUGAAGUCACCUGCAUCAUAGAAUCGAGUAUUUCAGUGCACAUUAUGUAUUUAUUUGCAUGAAUUGAGUUCCUUUUUAAAGUAAAAAAAAAAAAAAGAAGAAAAAAAGAAGAAAAAAAUAUUCCUGAUUUUAUCAGGAUGUAGCAUAAGACUUUGGAAACAUUCCAUAGUAGUGCAUUGAAUUUUGGUGUUGGAAAGUGGAACGAAAAACAAUUCUGUUACUCCAAUGGUGUUAUGGAUGACUGAACCUUGGUAGUAAGGAGAAGAGCAAAGGAUCUACUGUGAAGGUACUGGCUGUUGUCAUAAAAGUGUAUUUUUUGUAUAAAAAAAGGAAUCCUUUCAAUCCCUGUUUUUUCCUACUGUCUUUUUAGAUAGAAGUAUUUCAUCUCUGUUACCUUAAUAUAAAGAACCUAAAUAUAUACAAAAUUAUAAACUGCAAAGAUGAGGGAUAUGAACAUGAUUUACGUAAUCAUGAGGUAAUACUUAACCAGUAGUUUCUUAGAAAUUUUUAAUUGUAUCACUUGGUGAGUGAAUUUUCUUUUACUUAAAGGAAUACUACAUGCUAAGCACUAAGGGGUACUACGCUCUAAGCUCUAAGCACCAGUAUACUGAUGGUCAAAUCUUUUCCAAGUCAGUCAUAGUCAUACUAUAGUCAUGAUUCUUCUUUGCAUUUCAAGCAGUUCAUACCACUUGUGUCAGGGCAGUGUGGCUUCAAUGUGUGUUAAGGCAGUAUGUGCCCAUUUUAAGGGCCUUCUGCAAUGUCAGAGCAGUGCAAGUUCAUGCAAACGUGGGUCAGAUCUUAUGAGCCAAAUCAUAUGAUCCUUACUUUACCAGUCAUCUCCCAUUGGCAUGGACACAGUUUUGUUGUUAUUGCACUUCAGAGUGAACAGGAGUGAGAUGUUGAAAACCUACUGUGAGCCACACUCCUGCCAGUAUUUGAUUCUGUGCUCCCCAGAGCCUGCAAGCCCAUCUGAUCCAGGAUUCUCUGGGUUUCAGGGGAGCAGUACAGCAAACCACAUUGCUGCAGCACCCUGCCCUCUGUGCGAGCAUCGUCAUGCAAACAGGCAGGACUAUCCCCCUGUGGAGCUGAUGCCAUAGAAUUAAGAUUUAAUCAGAUAAAGCUGAGAUAUAGUUAAUUAUAGAGCUAUUGGGAAAGUAGAUCUGCAUGUAUGCAUUGAAAACAAUUAGGACUGGAAUGUGUGACUUCUGCUCACACUGACAGGUACUGGGUCUAAGCUGAGCAGGGGCACGUAGGAAGCAAAGUGCUGGAGUAGUGCUGGGAGCUUGCACAGUCUGGCCUUUGAAAUGCAAGUGGUGAGAUACACCUCUGAAAAGAUAAAAUAUUAUUUAUAUUUAGGUUGAAACAAGAAAACAAGCUUACUUGAGUGAGCUUGAUUACAGGCUCCGUGGUCACUGGAGUUGGCUUUUCGUGUAAGUUUAAUAAGAAUCUUCUAAUUCUAUUUAUAAGUGGGUUUUUGUUGCAAUUCUGUAUAAAAAUUGUAUUACAAGCGAAGUCUCCUCAUUCCUGAAAACAUUAGGUGCCAUGAAUCCAUGACUGAUUAACCUAGGACACUGACAUUUGUAUCAGCCUUCAGUCCCUAAAGAAAUAGUUCAGCUGUUUUCACUUGGAAAAGUCAGCUCUGAUGCUUUGCAGUAUUUGUGGCAAACUAUCCCUAUACAGACUGAAUGCACUAUGGAAAUGUCAUAUAGAGCUCACUGUGCAAUACUGAGUCAAUACACUGUACACAUUUGAUCAAAAGAUUAAUAUUAAUGUUUAGAUAGUAUUUAUUGGUAAGAUGUUUGUUUCAAACCUACUACAUUGUGUUGAUAUUAUGAAUGGCCUAAAUACAAUAAAUUGUAUUUUACAUAUUGAGAACAUAUA